CUACUGUAAAUUCUCCCAGUUCCCACAUGAGUCCAUACACACAAUGUGCGGGUCUGAACAGUAGCAGACUGGAGUAUCACUACGCAUCGGAUUAACCCCACGUCACUAUUGACCAACUUGUUGCGCAGCAGCUAUUUCUAACCUCGCGCUGGGCUUCAUUUUCUGUCCAGCAAGAGCCAAGACAGAUGGAAGAAGCGGUGGCUUUCAAACCUUACGUUUUAUAAUGCGUAUGCUACAAGAAGAGGACGCUUUUGUAUGGAUUGUAAUGAAGUCCUGCAGCCCUCAGUGAAUGUUUGAGUGUCUUUAAUAUGAUCAGAGAGUCAUGAGCCGCGGAGCAGACUGGAGCCUCAGCCUCUUCUACCUGACUCUGCUCCUGGGGACCAGACGCAUGACGGGACUGGCUGACUUCUCAAAUUACCUGUCCAGGAUCAUCACCAGUCAUUCUGCCCAGGCAUGUGACGGACAGCCACUGCGUCUCCACUGCCCUCGUCACUCCACCAUCUCCAUCCAGACUGCGUUCUACGGGAGUGGGGAAGCCAAGCUGUGUAGAGCAGACCCAGACCCCCCGCUCAGAGCCCACAACCACAGCUGUUCUGCUUUCACUGCUCUACAGAAGAUGCUGUCGGAGUGUCAGAGCAACAGAGAUUGCCAUCUGCCUGUCAACCACCUGCUGUUUGGGAAGGACCCCUGCCCUGGCACUACCAAAUACCUCCAUGUGGACUACAAGUGUAAACCAACUGAACACAAAAGACACGUGGUGUGUGAGGGGGAGACCAUGAUCCUGCGCUGUAAGCGCCCAAAGGUUCUGAUCGUCUAUGCAGCUGUUUUUGGGAGAAGUCUGGGCCAGAUUUACACCUGCCCUUCACACCUGACAAGACCACCCUCAUUUGAGUGUCUGAAUCACGAGGCUGUGCACUCGGUGUCUACGUCCUGCUACAGCAAACACAAGUGUGCUGUUGUUGUCAGCAACCAGACCUUCAGGGACCCCUGCUUCCCCGGAACCAGGAAGUACCUCAGCGUGGUCUAUUCCUGUGUAGUACCACAGACUUUACUAAGAGAGGCAGACCCUGACAGAUUCAGCUCUACCUCAACUACUGUGGACACAGAAAAAGUUCCUCCUGGAGAUCUGAGGAAGCCUUUUCCAAAAGAGUCAAGAAGGCCAGACAACUCAGGAGCCAUUAUGAGCAACUCUCUCCUGACCUACACUUACAUCAAAGAGCAUCCAGUAAUGGCAGCGCUGCUCUUCACCUCCAGCGUGUGUGUGGGUCUUAUUCUCACUCUGCUGGCUCUAUCAGUGCGGGUGACCUGCGGAGUUCAGCGCUCCAGAGAUCACAGAAUCAAACCAAAGUCUGCUAGCCAGGUGGUCAAAAGCCAGGAGCAGGACGACGACGACGAUGAUGAAGAAGAUGAUGAUGUCGAAGAGCGAACAGAAAGCUCUUUAAUCUCAGCUGCAGACAGGAAGGCGAUAUGCGACUGGGAGGGAGUGAUUUAUGUGAGCGAGGAGGCCGAGCGGGCGGAGAGGAUCGAGCGCAGGGAGAUGGUCAUCCAGGAGAUACGGAUGAACGCCUAUCUCAAUGGCAGCUCAUGUUAAUUUAGCAGGGAAACCAAUGGAUGCUGUUCAGCACCUUCCAGAUAUGUUCAGGAUUCUCUGCAGCAGCUCCCAGCCGACACAUCUUCUUCAUUCAUUGUACAGCAGUUUGUUUUGUGUUCGGACAUUUUUGCAGGAGCACUCAUUCAGUAAAUAAUGUAAUGUUGGGUAAAAUGCGAUACGAGCCAUUUUAAAAAAGCUCAACAGGAUUUGAUGCUGUAAAAUGGGUGGUCACUCACAUAUAUUAUUUAGUUGUUUAAAAAAGUUUGAUAAAUUCAGAGUCACCACUGAAGCAACGAAAGAAUGUCAGGGAGUGGGAUUGUUCAUAAAACCUCAGUUGUUCUCAUCUCAUAACUUUCUUCGUUUUUGAAUGAAGCCUUUCCAUCACAGACAAAUCAAAAAAAGGCUCAUAGUGUUUUCCCUACAGAAUAACUACAAUAGCGGUUGGUAAAUGUGGCAGCUGUUAAUAAACCCAUAAACCCAGGGUAUAUGUUUCAAUUUCACUUUCCAGAAAAACGGUUUAUUUAAGGAGCCAUCUGCAACCCACCACACCUCUCUGAAUCACUGCAUCCACUCCGUCAACAACUCAACGCAGUGGAAUUAAACUCUCAUUUUGAACUCUUCAAUUUCCUCAUCACUGCGGGGACAAGAGCUGGAACGACAAACCGCUGUGUGGCAACUUCCUGCCUCAGCACCGACGUUCAUUAAAAGGUGUGUGUGAGACAAAGAGAGGAAAGGUGUAGCAUCCUUGUCCCUGAGAUGUAACACUGUGUUCUAAUUGAAUCACUACCUACUGAGCAUGUGCGAAAUGUCAACAUGACGUUAAUACCAAAAUGGACAAACAUGUUUAUACACGGGCACAUUUUGAAAAACAAUUUAUUAGAUUUUUUCCACAACAACAAUAAUAUAAAGAGAAUAUCUUAAAUGCAUCUCAUCUGCACAGCUUCAAUAAAAAUGUAAAAUUGAGGUUAAAAACAAUCAGUAAGGGAAUACAAGGAUCAGAUUGACCUUCAAAUAAAUCAGGUUUUUAAUGACAUCA